CUCUUCCCCUGUCAGAAACUCACCCACCGCCGCACACAUCAUGUGACGGGGGCGUGGCCGAGAGUCCGGAAGUAUAACGCUGCUACAAGUCACAAGGAAGCUCUCCAUCAUGGCGUACCAGGCUGGGACCCCUCAGGAGCCCGGCGCUUUGGUUCACAGCAUCAGCUCAAACAUCCAGAAGAUCACACUACUGACCUCUGAACUGCAGAGAGCAGUGUCUCUGCUAGGGACCGAGCAGGACAGCAGCCAGCUACGACAGACUCUGCAACAGAAACAGCAGCAAGGCAACCAGCUAGCGAAGGAGACCGACAGAUUGAUCAAGGCAUUCAGCGCACUUCCUGUUGGGGCCGAUCAGCGGCAGAGGAAGAUACAGAAAGAGCGUCUACUGAACGACUUCUCCGCCGCCUUGAACAGCUUCCAGAAGAUCCAGCGGCAGGCAGCUGACAAAGAGAGAGAGUUUGUGGCCAGAGUGAGAGCCAGCUCCAGGGUGUCGGGAGGACAGCCCGAUGACAGCUUUGGAAAUGUUUCUAUUUUCCACAGUGACUCUCAGGUGCAGGCACAGGCGGAGGCCAUCACCGAAGAAGACCUAAGGCUGAUCCAGGAGAGAGAGUCGUCCAUCAGGCAGUUGGAGUCUGAUAUCACAGAUAUCAAUGACAUCUUCAAAGACCUGGGGAUGAUGGUGCACGAGCAGGGGGACAUGAUCGACAGUAUAGAAGCCAACGUGGAGACUGCAGACGUACAUGUCCAGAGCGCCACACAGCAACUGGCUCGUGCUGCGGAGUAUCAGCGGAGCUCCAGGAAGAAGAUAUGCAUCCUCAUGAUAGUGUUGGCUGUAGCUGCGAUUAUUAUUGGAAUUAUCACCUGGCAGGCUCUCAAAAAUUGAGGGCUUCUUCUGCCUCCUCUUGUCCUCCACCUCUUCUCCUGUUAAUUCAUCAGCAUGAGAACAAAGGGUGAGGCAUCAUCUUCUCUUCACCUCAUCCUCCCUAGUUAUAGAGAUUGUAGAUAGCAGAGAUCCUCACUGACAGGACUGCACACUCCCGCACUGUAAAAAUCAUAACAAGCGCUGAUAUUUCCAUCAAUUUAAUCAGCUAUAUUUCAAUUAUUUUAGUUAUAGACAAAAGACAAUGCAAUACACAAAUUGUAUCAAUGCUGCCUUUUGAUUGCUGUUGACUUUUGACAGUCAGAUCAGAUUGAGAGACAGUUCACACAAACUUCCAGGUGUAAUGAAGCAGCCCUCAGAUCCUUCUCUUUAAAGCAGCAGCUUUUUAUAGUUCAUUUUAUGGAAAGCCUCUGGAAAAAAGUCAAUGAUUACCUUCUUGACAACUGUGAGGUCAGCAGUCUUCUUCCUGAUUAUGGUUUAUAUGUGCUAGACGGAGAGAUACUCAGAAUCUUUUGAGUUUUUUUAUUGUAUUUUUUUCAGCUGUAGGCCAUAAUAAUUAUUAAAAUUAAAUAGGAAAUGCUUCAAAAUGUUUUAGUUUAUGUGUAAUGAGUGUAGAAUAUAUUACAUUGUCUUAGAAAAGUGAUGGAAUAUAUUGAACUUUUUUAUGAUAUUCUAAAUUGUUAAGACCUUAUUUUCUAACUUGUAAAAUCAGUUUUGUAUGAAUCAAGAGUUACUGUACAUAUAUAUUUUAAAACUUGCAGUAAGGAUGAAACACUCCACCUUGAACCAAUCAUUUGAGCUAAACACAAGAAUUUGUCAUUACUGUAAGGAGAUGGUGUGUUUCUUUGGGGCUGAACGAAUCGCUUGGAAAGGACAUUAAAUCACCUGACUCUUUGUUGAUGAUUGCACACAUUAAGAGCAAUUUGUAGAUAGUGCAGAUGAAGGACAAGUUAUAGUCUGAUAUCUAUUUUAUGUUUUCUUUUGAUAAUUUUGUUUCAUUUUCUGGUUAGAUUACAUGUUAAAGGUACCAUAGCCAUGUCAGCUAGUUCAGCGUGGAAGUCAAAUCACCUUUUGUGCUUUCUUCUCCGAGCCAUUUUUACUGGAAAGAUCAUUACCUGUAUAUAAAGAUAGACAAUGCAUCUUACAAAAAUGUAGCCAAACUACCCUCCGGGACAGGCAAUGUAAAGACAACAUUUUCUUUUUCCUAUUUCGCCAAUCAAAACACACAUUCAACUUUCAACAGCAAAGACACCUGAGGUCAGCACAGUCCAGGGCGUACCAGAUUUUAGUGUCAAAAGCAGAAAAUUAAGGUUAUGGAAAGUUAAAUGAUUCCUUUGUUUCAGUAUGUUCUGUUUAGUGAAGUGCACACUGACAUUACUAACAAUCAAUUAAAAGCAAACUUCUUCUAAAAGUGAACAGUUUUGACUGACGGGGGGAUGUCAAUCUAUCUAAAAAAAGGGUCUCAAGGAAAAAGGGUAACGCAAAAAAUAUAAAUGUUUGCUUUUCAUCUUUUCAAUACAGUCACAAAUCACACAGCUGUGGCAGCAAAUCUCUUUAAAAUUUACAUUAACUGAGAGAAAAGAAAGGAGACCCACCCACCCAAACCCCACAGACUUGAUUGUGUUCAUUAUUAAAGAGCGUAUGCUGCGAUUACAACGGAUUCCCGACUAAACAAAAAGAUGUCCAAGUUUUUUUUAAGUUAUCCGAGUUAUGAACAACAAGUGUAAGUGGGACAUUUUUGAAUCUUAAUUCAGAGUUGCUACAGCAUCCAAAGGUCACCUUGAUGAAUAAUCACAGACAAGUGAUCAAACAUGAAGCACUCCUUUUUAUUGAACUCCAUUUCACAAGCAACACAUAGCGAAUACACUGCUCUGACCCUUAUCGUGUUAUUUCAUGUGCAUUGCAAGGUGCAUCAGCUGUUGGCUGUGUUCCUCGCUCCAAGAUCAGAAUAAUAUCCCAUGAUUUUUGAAUGUAUACCUCUCAGGAAGUCCCCUAAAUUGUAGGGUUCUAAAUGUCUAUUGAAGUGUUCUGAUUCUUGUGAAUAUUUUACCAAAUUCAAAGUUGUCCAAAGUACAGUGAGUCAAUGCAGACACUAAUGAUCGUUUGCUUUAGCUCUUUGACUAAAAUGUAAGUGAUCAUCACAUUUAUUUUUGAAUACUGCAAUUUAGCUGCCGACAUUAUGCAUGUGAUAACUAACCUGAUUGUACUGAACCUAAAAUUAGAAGAGUGAUUUUAUUUCUGAAGGCAAAAAAUGUUUUAAAAUGCUGUUGGAUGUGUCAAAUAAAUUGUAAUUCUUAUCUUAAUUUUGAA